AUGCACAGGGAGCUCUGUCGAGGCCGCGCCUGCGAGUGGUUCGGCUCCCUGGCGGGACUGCUGGGGCCUCUGACAUGCGACACGUCGGCCGCGUCCCGCUGGUGGGCAGUGACCUGCCUCGGCCACCUGCUCCGAACAGGAGCCGAGAACACAGACGUGGCGCCCUGGACCAACGAGAUCGGGCGCCUGCGUGAGAGGCUCAGUGCCGUCACCUCUGAGUCUCUGCUGGCCACCUCCACCAACAUCGCGAAGCUCGUUUGCAAAUAUUUCCCCCGAGGCCAGGCCUCAGGCUUCAUGAGCAGCAUUGUGGAGAGCCUGCUGUGCACCAGGCCCGUGUGCGCGUGGGCCGCUGAGCGGUGGACGCUCACCUUCCUGGGGGAUUGCGGAGAGCAAAUAUUCCAGGAGGAGGUGCCCAAACUCGUGCACCUCCUUUACACCUGCCUGCGGAGCACCCGGCAGAGCGCUCGCAGGUGCUUUGUGCUGCGGGCCGUGUUCCUCCUGGCCCACUCUCACCCACAGCCGGUGCUCGACAGCCUCCUCCAGGCGUGCCUGCCCACAGACAGCGACAUGGUGGAGGUGUGGAGGAGCCUGGGGAGAAGCGUCCUGGGGUGCCAAAUCCUGGUGUGCUUAACUGAAAAGUUAAGGGCAGCAGGAAAGAGCAGCCACAGGAGCGAGUGCUGCACUCGGGAGCUGGGCAGCAGCCAGGCUGCCCUGGAGCCUCGCACGAUCACCCACGCCCUCUGCGAGGUGGUGUCAGUGCUGCAGAGGAAGACACUGGUCCAGCGCCUGCUUCCCUACCUGCUUCCCGGCCUUCUGAGGCAGGUCAGCGAGACGCUGGGGGAGGAGCUGGCACCGUCCGUUGGGGACCUGGAGAGCGCUGACAUGCCGGGCAGCCUUUUUGUGGCGGCAUUGGAGCUGGUGCUGGCGAGGUGCCUGGACAAUCGGUGGCUGCGGCUGCUCCGGGAGCAGGGAGCGUGGGCGUCCCUGGCAGAGCCCCGGGCUCACAGCACCGGCGUGUGUCUCCUGGCGAGGUGAGAGCCCGGGA